AAUUAUCUUUCGUUUCAUCAUCAAUAAUAGCGACAUUUUUCAUUGUUGUCCUUAUCAGCUGUGAACUGCCGAUGUGGCCUGCGAUAGGAUUUGCACGAGAUAAUGGAGUCGGGGACACUUGCCAGAGUACUGCGUGACUUUCUCACGACCACAGACGGCGAAAUAAGCCUCCACAAGGGAGACUUCUUUCUGGUCCACAAAGUUGUCGAUAAACACUGGUGUUAUGGUCAAUCCCACAAUCGACUGGGAAAAUUUCCUGUGCACAGCUUGCACAAAGUUGAUGUGCCUCCGGUAAACGACAACGAAUCCUUAUUUAUUUCCAUUGCUCCCUUUCGAGGUGAACAGCCAGGAGAUUUGUCUUUUAGUCAAGGGGAAAUAAUAAUUGGCAACGCGGAGUCAUCGUCUGACUGGCUCACUGGACAUAUCGGCCCACGGGAGGGCAUUUUCCCUGCGUCAUAUGUUUGGCAACUUGAUCUGAAUAUAUUAAAGAAGUCUAUGCAAAAGAAGAUAGUCAAGAGAAAAGCAAAAGUGAAAGCAAACCUUACAGCACAGUUGGACGAAGAAUUGGAUCUAGUUGAAGGAGAAAUAGUGACCGUUACAGAGAUUCUUGAUGAUGGAUGGUGUAGGGGCUACAAAGAUGAUGGAAAAGAAGGAAUCUUUCCAGAGGGAUUCAUUACAUAUCAAGAUGAUACGAAUAUUGAUGAGAUAGACAACACUUGUAAUGCUGCUGCAGUAGAGGACAACGCAUUUCCUUCAUCCGCAAUGUCAGGAAGAAUUUAUAAAGACUUUGGCGAGAGUGUCAAUUAUACACCUGAAGCACGGUAUGAUGAUCCAGCACCAAAUUACGAAGAUUUAUUCCCUGAAAAGUCGGAAAAUCAUCACGCACCAAAGAUUGAAGUUACAUCAGAUUAUAAUCCACUUGGACUCAAGCCAUACGCGAUAUCAUUAUUUCCAUUCAACGCACAGUUUCCUAAUGAAUUAAGUUUUGGAGCAGGGCAAGUUGUUGAACUAGUUAAAUAUACCGAUAAUGAGUGGGCAUUGGGGAUAAUUGAUAAUGUCCAAGGCAUUUUUCCUGUUUCUUACGUCAAUGUCAUUGUUGAUUGUGUUGACUCACAGGAUGACAUGGCACCUGAUGAUGGUGUAAAAGAGCAAGAUCAAGAUGAUCUACAAUCAAAUGAUCGCGUUAAAGUGGAAUAUAAAUUUGAUGCACAAAUGGCGGGUGAUCUUAACGUUACUGAAGGUGAAAUCGUUACAAUUGUCGAGGCUAACGAUGAAUGGGUUACUGUGAGAAAUGACAAAGGUGAAACUGGUUUAUGUCCUAGAAGUUAUCUAACUACAGACUUCGAAUCAAGCGACGACGUUUUUCACGAUGCGCUUGACGAUUAUGUGGUAAUCAGACACGAAAACAAGAACACAGGUGAUAAAGAAAUCGAUAAAAGCAAAAGAUUGUCCGAGCCGCAUCGUCCCGCACCUCCUGCACCUUCUCCAGGAAGAGUUCCUUUGCAAAAACAGCAUCAUCAAGCUAUGACUUCGGAUGAAGAAAGUGAUGCUUCUUUGACAAAACAGAAUAAAGCCGACCAAAGACAAAACCUCAUAUCGGAAUUAUACUUAACAGAGAAAGAUUUUGUCAGAGAUUUGAAAAUGACGUACGAAACUUUUCAUUUGCACAAUCCCGCUUUCCUCGAAUCACGAAAAAUUGAUGUAACAACUCUAUUUGGAAAUAUUUCACAAAUUAUAGAAGUUGCAGAAGAACUAUUAGAAUUGAUACAGAGAGCGAUGAAAGGGAUUAACGAAGAUUACCAAAGCAUUGGUCCAUGUUUUUUAAAAAUGUCUGAAAAGAUGAGAGUUGCCUAUGAAAAGUAUUGUAGUAAUCACGAAGCGUCCUUGGCACUUUUGCAAAAGUACAAAGACAACGAGGAUAUAAUGAGAAUAUUCAAUAAAGGUGUAGAGACACUGAGAGUACAAGUUCAUUGCUUUGAUAUGAGCUCUGUAUUGAUCAAACCAGUCCAGAGGAUAUUGAAGUAUCCAUUACUUUUAGAUGGAUUAUUAAAGUGCACUGAAGAUGGCCAUCCAGAUAAACCAAAGAUUGAAGAGGCAUCUAAAGUGAUGGCUGACGUUGCCAGCUACAUUAAUGAAUAUAAAAGAAAGAAGGAUUUAGCUUCCAAAUAUUUACAUUCCAAUAAUACGUUAAUAGGAAAAAUGGCGAAUUUAAACAUGCAUUCGGUGGCGAAAAAAUCGUCGAGAUUGAGCGCUAAGCUGUCCGCUACUUUAGGUCUAACCAAUCUUCCAAUCGAUCCUAAGUUCGAAGAGUUGGUUAAAGAUUUUUUGUCUCUUGAAAAGAGCACCAAACAGUUUCUAAAAGACGUUGAUCAGUGUAUUCAGUGGUUGGACGCUGAGACUUAUUGUGGUGAAGUUCUUACUGAGCAGCUGCAUCAGUAUUACACCGGAGUACGUAGUGAUGAAGUUUGGCGAUUGCGUGAAGUAAGGCAGAUCAUAAGAUCACAAUACAUAAAAGAUUUUAAGUCGUGUAUUGAAAGGCGUGUGAUAUCGCCUCUAAACGCUCUUAUAUCGCUACUGUCUGGACCUGAACUUUUGAUUAACAAACGACACGAUAAAAUGCUCGAUUAUGACACCGCUAUCUCAAGAAGAGACAAAGCAGAGGACAUUUCUAGUGCUAAAAGCAAUUUCGAAGCGUUGAAUCAACAAUUAUUAGAAGAGCUUCCGGUAUUCAUACAAGCUUCAACUGCAAUCCUUUACAAUUGCAUUGGCGCUUUUACGAAUGCUCGAAAAUUGUAUAAUGGAAAAAUUUUGAAAAAAUACAUGAAUAUUUCAGAGGUCGUGAAACAGUUUUCGUUGGAAGAUAUUUACGAAUCGUACUUUGUACAUCAUCACUCACUGUACAAUGAAAUUACUCGCUUGAGUUACGGAGGUACCAAUGCAAGAGUUGAAAAAGACUCUGUAGACUAUUGUUUGCAGUCCGAAGUUCACAAAAAGGCCGUGAAGGAAAAAUACCCCCCUAACAAAUUGUACAUAUUAACCCGCUCGAUAACGGGCCCGACACCACACGAUUUAUCGGCAACCAAAGGCACCUUAGUUGGGGUGAUAAAAACGAUGAAUCCGAUGGGUGACACUUCCAAGUGGUUUGUUGAUAACGGAAGUAUGAAGGGAUUCGUAGAGAGUCAGUAUUUGGAAAUAAGCGACGAAGCGAAGCUAAUUGAAGAAAGUGCAGCCGCAGUUUCCAUGGACAGUUCUGUCGAUCUUAUGUCUCUAGAUUCGCCUGUAAAGGAAGCGAAUAGAUAUUCCGCGGAUAUUCAAUCGCUUUACUCUGAUGUAAGCGACGAUCUAGACCCUCCGCCAAAUUACGAAAACCUUGAUGACAUCACGCCGAAAGAACCAAGACAAUUGUAUGAAAAUAUUCACGAAAAAUUUGUCUACGCACUCUACGAAUUCAAUCAUCCAGAACUUGCGGGAACUUUGAGCGUGAAGGAAGGCCAAGCCUUGAAAGUUUUGGAAAAACACGACCAAAAAAAUAAUCCUGAUUGGUGGCUGGUAGAAGAUCGAACUGGUGGCAAGGGAUACGUUCCGGAGAACUACUUGGGCAAAAAACAAAACUAACGGGAUAAGUUUCUGUGCCUUAAUUUUAUAUAUAUAUAUAUACACCUCAAAACUUACAAAUAUUUUCUAUAUUUUUUCUAUAUCUGUGAUAGUCGAUUAACUUUAAAGUAGAGAGGUUCAAUAUAAAUUUUAUUUCGAUCUAUAUUAUUAUUAUUUUUUUAAAAGUUAUUGUUGUGUUUAUCGAUCGCGUGCUGAUCUAUUUUUAAAAGCUAUCAUGUAAAUAAACGAAUAUUUACAUAAAGUAUUGUAUUAUUAAGAAAAUCAAUAGUUGCUACGCAAUGUUCAUUAUGUAAGAAUCAUGGUAUAAUUGUCCGAUUAUUGUAAAAUCAAAGAAUUUUAUUGCGAGACAGAAAUCUCAUGAAUACGUAAACAAAUUUUAUACUCGAAACGUCUACGCUAUAAAUAUAAAAUGUUUUCGAACAAA